AUGCGUGCGCUGGCUGCGUUAGCCACGCUUGCUGCGUGUGUUGCGCACGCGCAUCCCCAAUCACGCGACGGACCACAUCCCAGCAUACAAUCAAACAUCUUUAUAAAAGAACCUAUAAACCGCUUGCUAACGUGUUCUCAAACACUUGGACCUACAAAAUGCCUGACCGCUCUUAGCGUUUGGCGCGCAAAAAGAGCAAUUGAAUCAUUUUCCCAGGGAUAUCCACUGAAUAGUACAACGGAAGCUGAAAAUUUUCCCUGGGAAGAAUACAACAACACCUCAAAUGAAGAAAUUUUUUCUCAGUUAUGUGAAGGAACUGAAAAAUUGCUACAAUAUCGGACAUUAAAUUUUACUAUAAUCCCAGGCUAUAAAUUGGAACUAAAAUCGAAACAGGAUGGAAAAAUUAGUGUUGAUUUCUAUAAAAGUGAAGUCACUACAGCCCGAGGGAAAUUGAAAAAGCAGUUUUACAACAUUGUGCCUCUUCUUCUCAUACCAGGGCUCAUAAUGUCUGCCAUCCUGCCGUUUGUUCUGCCUGCCAUGAAGCUUGCCACCGUUGCCAGCAUCAUGCUGAACAACAUGGCGUUGACUGGCGCCGUCUUCACGCUUCUCAGAGAUAACGCCUUCAACGACCAUUCUCGACCUAAAGUCAAAUAUAUAAAUGCUGGGUGGAAAAAUGAAGAAGAGUUAUAUCACAUCCAUGAAAAUCAUGGAUUGAGUGACCAUGAAGCAUACAGUGGUGGCCAUAUUGAAGCGGUAGAUCAUGACCAUGACGUCAAGGUUUUAGAAGAAUAUCCUCAAGUUCAGCACACAUUUUCGAAAAAUUGGCUAAAAGAUGGUGUCGAAUUAAAUAUACAAUACGAUCCUCAUAAAAGACGAGGAUAA